CCCUCUCCACAGUUGCUGCCGCUGCUUUGUGUGUUUUCUGUUCUGCCUUCAUGAGAGGAAGUGAAGCUUUCCUGUCAGGGGAGAGUCCUGGAUUAACUCGGCUCCGUCUGCCUCAUACCAAACGCUUAGCUGAUAACUACUGCCGAAGGAUAUGUUGUAGCCAGACUGACUAUCCAGCUAACACACAGUCUGACGGCUGCUGUGGUUUAUAUUAGCAGACUGCAGUGGGGAGUAAGAGGAGGAGACUGUCUUCUGUUUUUGUGUGGGGGAGGAGGUGGGGAGGAGGGAGAGGGAACGCUAACUUUGCCAGAGCUAAAAACAGGAUAAAAACAGAAUAACAGAGGCAGGGAAAAGAGAGAAACUAUCUUGUGUCAGGCUACAUGACCUGACGGGAAAGAUUUUCAAGGUUUAACGCAGCAUGUCCAUUGGAGAAACGCACCCUGAGGCCGAGACAGGAUUUGUUCCAAGUGUCCAAGACUUUGAUAAGAAGCUUGCUGAAGCUGAUGCCUACCUACAGAUUCUGAUUGACCAAUUAAAGCUGUUUGAUGAGAAGAUCAAGGACUGCAAAGAGGAUGAAUCACGCAGAAAAAUUGAAAAUUUGAAGGAGACUACUUGUAGUAUGGUAGAGUCCAUCAAGCACUGCAUUGUACUGCUGCAAAUUGCCAAGGACCAAAGUAACGAACAGCAACAUGCAAACGGACUUAUAAGCACCAUUAACCCAGUGGAUGGGAUCUACCAACCACCUCUGGAUACUGCUGUAGUCAACACCACAAUGCCAACACAGACCACACUACCAACAGAUGCUUCUCAGGUGUGUAAAUCAGACCAACGACCUUCCACAUUACCUGUUGGCCCUGUUGUCACGGUGAUGGGCAGUCUGCAAACCCCAACUCCCAACAGCACAGGGAGUGGCCCAUCAGGCCCCAGCAGUGGCAUCGCCUCCCCGGCUCACAUGCCCCUGCCCUCACACUCAGUGCCAGAUUUCUCCUAUUCCUCCAGCGAGGAUGAGUUCUACGACGCUGAUGAGUUUUACCAGAGCAGCACUUCUCCCAAACACUGCAUAGAUCCCUCAGGGCCCACAGCUGCCCCUCCCCUAACCAAUGAAGAAACUGCAUUGAAACGACCAGACACUACUGAGUCCCUCAACUCGACCAUGUCCAAUGGUACCACAGAAGCAGAUAUGUUUGACAGUCAUGAUGACCGCGAUGAUGACGGAGAGGGUGAGUCUGUGGAGGAGCACAAAAGCGUCAUCAUGCAUUUGCUCUCUCAAGUUCGUUUGGGCAUGGACCUCACAAAGGUGGUCCUGCCUACGUUCAUCUUAGAGAGGAGAUCUUUGUUGGAAAUGUACGCAGACUUCUUUGCACAUCCCGAUUUAUUUGUAAGUAUUGCUGAGCAGUUGGAGGCCCGGGAGCGCAUGGUACAUGUGGUAAAAUGGUACCUGUCAGCCUUCCAUGCAGGAAGGAAAGGCUCAGUAGCCAAGAAACCUUACAAUCCAAUCCUGGGAGAAGUUUUCUACUGUCACUGGGAUCUGCCGUGCGAGGCAGAGGAGCCCUCCCCACACACGGAGACGGUUUCAGAGGGUCCAGUUCCGUGGUCUUCAUCCAACAGUGUGUGUUUUGUGGCAGAGCAGGUCUCUCACCACCCACCCAUAUCUGCAUUCUACGCAGAGUGUUUAAAUAAGAAAAUCCAGUUCAACGCUCACAUCUGGACAAAGUCUAAGUUCUUAGGCAUGUCCAUAGGUGUCCACAACAUUGGCCAAGGUUGUGUGUCAUGUUUGGAGCAUGAUGAACAUUACAUUCUCACCUUUCCUAAUGGAUAUGGCAGGUCGAUUCUGACUGUGCCGUGGGUGGAGCUGGGUGGAGAGUGCAACAUCUCCUGCUCCAAGUCGGGUUACAGUGCAAACAUAGUGUUCCACACCAAACCUUUCUAUGGAGGAAAGAAGCACAGGAUCACUGCUGAGAUUUUUUCACCUAACGAUAAGAAGUCUUUCUGCUCCAUUGAAGGAGAAUGGAAUGGAGUGAUGUAUGCCAAAUGGGCCACUGGGGAGAACACUGUGUUCAUAGACACUAAGAGGUUGGGUAUCAUCAAAAAGAAAGUGAGAAAGCUGGAAGACCAGCUUGCAUACGAGUCCCGAAGAUUGUGGAGAGAUGUGACUCUGAACCUGAAGCUGAAAGACAUUGAAUCAGCAACAGAAGCCAAACAUCGUUUGGAGGAGAAACAAAGAGCCGAAGCAAGAGAGAGGAAGGAGAACGAGCAGCAGUGGGAGACAAGGCUAUUCCACGAGGACGGGGAGUGCUGGGUCUACGACGAGCCUCUAUUAAAGAGAUUAGUCUCUCAGAGGCAAUGAGAAGACUACGCACACUCGGAUACACAUACGUAUGCAUAAAGAAAUGCACACUCAGAGUCUUUAUAAGAACUCUUUUGCAAAACCACUUCUUAUCCAAGCCUUGGAAUGACUGAUGAUUGAAUAUGUACACAGCUUUGCAUUUAACUGUAAAACAACAAAUGUAUGUAAUAAUACGGGGAAAGUAUCAAAGAUGUAACAUAAAAAUUAGACACUCUUCUCCGAUUUGGGCAAACUCACUUCCACCACCAAUGUGAGACUCUUCACCACAGAGACGAGUUUGGAGCAGCAUCUACACAUUUCACCUCUCAACGUCAGUCUCAUGACGUUCAUCAGCUCCAUGCGACAAACCGGAGCAGCACUCAUUUCCUUACACACAUGUUUUUUUGUCGGGAGGAAGGGUAAAGGGGUGUGUGGCUGGUGUUCAAAUCAAAUAAACCUUGACUAAAACAAAACAAACAGCGCUCGACAUCUCAGGGAAUCUGGUAACUGAGGAGAAAAGCUGCUGCCCCCUCUGAGAGCCUGACAGCCUUAUAACUGUGGAACAGAUGAAUCUUAAAGGGGCGGGGGAUGCAAUCUCUGCUUGCCUGCAACUAGACAUAACUGUUGUUUAUAUAUAGAUAUGAUAUACAUAUGAUGGAUAUAUAAAUAUAUAUUCUUUUUUUUAUUUUCAAUGCUCUUUUUGUUUAUUUUUCUUUCUUGCAAUAGUGUAAAAUAUUUGAGGAUAUAAACUUGAUGGCUUUACAUCUUUAGGAAUCAUUCCAUUUACCGUUUUUUUUAUAUUCUGUUCUGCCAGCUGUUUGGUCCUUCACACAGUUCCUGUCUCAAGUGUUACUCAGAGGUAAAACAAAAAUCCCUGCAGAACCCACAGCACAGAUUUAUGAAAUAUAUGCAAUUUAAAAAGAAUCUGCAUUGCCUGUCAAUGGACAGAUUUGUUUGUGUCCUAUAUGCCAAAAAAGGUUUGGAGAAGAGACUAUAGGGACUUAAAUCAAGGUCCUCUAAAUAUGUUUCCAUGUUACCUGAAGGCAUUUAUGAACAAAUAAUUGUUUACAUCUUUUUGUCUUUCUGGAUUGCUGGUCUGUGAUGAGGAUGUAAAGCUUGGACUGAGUCUGGCGUGUGGAGACAGUAAGGAGAGAGAAAAAGCAACAUGAGUGGACACAUGAAAUGCUGCUAAAGUUCAGUUGUUUUUUUGCCCAUUGUUUUUCAAGAUAAGAACCACAUAGUGGGCAAUGUUUAACCUAACCUACACCUCUGCUUUUUAAAUCAUCUUUUCAUUCUUUAUUUUACAGAUGCAUAAGUUAAAUUGAGAUGCUUUCAUACUUGGAUGAGAUACAGAAAUUUUAAAACAGGAAAUACAUUUCACCCGAAAAUGCAUAAGAAUAUUUGUUAUGUGCGAUUGGAUCGAGUGAAUAUGAAAAUAAACUUUGAGUCUUAAACUCAGUUAACCUGGUGAAUGGAUUUAUAGACAUGGUGCAGCCAGGGGAACACAAAUUGGAAAUUCAAACACAUAUGGUUGCUUCCUCUAAAGCAGAAGAAUGCUUUUAGAAAGAAUGCUCGUAAAAAUUCAGACUCCUAGAUACAUUUGAAGUUUAUUACUUUAUUUCUUCUAUGUUUUGUCUUUGUAAAUUUUAUUAAAUCGAGGCCUUGCCAUACAUUUCAGUAUCAGUCUGUCACCUGAGAGAGACCAAUCAAAGCAAAUGUAUUUUUUAUUUCCUUCUGAUCAUAACCAAUGAUUGUAUCAGAUUCUCCUCUUUAUUGAUGCAUAAUAUUAAACCUCCAAGAGUUUAUUUCUGUGA